AAAAAAAAACCCAAAAUUAAAAAAAAAAAAAAGAAAAGAAGGAAAGUCUUCUCCGAAUCCUUAUCUACGAAACUGAGUCCCUCUGCUAAAAACUAAGGUCCAAUUAGCUUUCUCGGGUUAGUUUUGAAGCCCAAUCUCCGAUUCUCUCUCUUUCUCUCUAGUUCGGUGCUUAUUUCCAGGCUCCAUCGCUUGCCGGACCGGAAAGUCAAGCCAGGGCUAGACCAGACCAGCUCGGGUCUCUGUUCGUGGAUCUCAUUCGAAACCACGGGAAAUUGUCUUCCCAUACGAAAUGGCAACUCCUGAUGAAGAAAACAUGGCAACUCCGGGCAAAGAGAUCGUGUUGGUUCAUCAUGAUGAAGACCAUAAUAUGACAACUCCAAAUGGUGAAAACAUGAUAACUCAUGAAGAUGAAUUAAUGGAGACUCCCGAUACAGACAAGCUGGGAUCACCAGAUGAACAUAAUGAGCUCGCUUUAGUCGAAGUACAGCCUAACAAGAGGAGGAAGAAGAAGUCUAUUGUCUGGGAACACUUCACUAUAGAGUCUGUGAGUGCUGAUUGCAGGCGGGCGUACUGUAAACAAUGCAAGCAAAGCUUUGCAUAUAGUACAGGAUCGAAAGUUGCAGGCACUAGCCAUUUGAAGAGGCACAUUGCUAAAGGAACUUGUACUGCACUUUUGCGUGGUCAGGAUAAGAAUCAGUUGGUGGCUACAUAUACCCCACCUUCAAAAGGGACUGUUAGUGAUACACCAAAAAGACGGUAUCGAACUUCUAGCUCGCCUUAUGUUAUGUUUGAUCAGGAUCGUUGCCGUCAAGACAUUGCCCGGAUGGUCAUCAUGCAUGACUAUCCACUUCAUAUGGUUGAGGAUUCUGGAUUUGUAUCAUUUGUCAAAAACCUUCAGCCUCGAUUCAACAUGUUGAGCUUCAACACUGUUCAAGGGGAUUGUGUUGGAACUUAUUUAAUGGAGAAACAAAAUCUAAGUAAGUUUAUAGAAGCUAUCCCGGGACGUAUAUGCCUUACCCUUGAUAUGUGGAGUUCUAGUCGAUCAGUAGGUUACGUGUUUAUUAUGGGUAGUUUUAUUGACAGUGAAUGGAAGUUGCAUAGACGGGUUUUGAAUGUUGUAAUGGAACAAUAUCCAGAAUCACCUAAUGCACUUAGCCAUGCCGUUGCUGUAUGUCUCUCUGAUUGGAGAUUAGAUGGGAAGUUAUUCUCUCUUACGUUUAAUCUACAGAAUGAAGCUGCCCUUGACAAUCUCAGGCUCCUAGUUGCCAUUAAGAACCCCCUUAUUCUCAAUGGUCAAUUUUUGGUUGGAAGUUGUAUUGCCUGGACUUUAAGCGACAUUGCAAAAGAUGUAUUAGAUGCAGGAGAAAAUACAAUAAGGAAAAUUCGGGAUAGCGUGAAAUACGUGACAACCUCCGAUUCUCACGAGGAAAAGUUUUUAGAGCUAAGGCAACAACUUCAAGUGCCAAGUGAGAGAAAUCUCUCCCUUGAUGAUCAAAUGCAAUGGAAUACAACCUAUCAUAUGUUGGUGGCUGCUUCAGAGAUGAAAGAAGUAUUUUCUUGUUUGGGUACCUCUGAUCCUGAUUAUAAGGAAGCUCCAUCAAUGGAAGAUUGGAAGUUGGUUGAAAUUCUCUGCACAUACCUGAAACUUCUUUUUGAUGCAGCAAACAUCCUUACCACCACAACUCACCCAACUGCUAUAACCGUCUUUCAUGAAGUGUGGAGAAUUCAUUCGGAGUUGUCUCGGGCAGUAACGAGUGAGGAUCCCUUCAUAAGCAACCUUAGUAAAAGGAUGCUUGAAAAGUUUGAUAAAUAUUGGAAAGAUUGUAGCUUAGUCUUGGCAGCUGCUGUAGUGAUGGAUCCACGGUUCAAGAUGAAGCUUGUUGAGUUUAGUUUCACCAAAGUCUAUGGUGAAGAAGCUCCUGCAUACAUUAAGGUUGUUGAUGAUGGAAUUCAUGAGCUCUUUGAUGAGUAUGUGGCACUGCCUCUACCCUUAACCCCAACCUAUGCCGAAGAUGGAGGUGCUGAUGGUAAUAUGAAGGCAGAAGAUUCCCAGGGAAAUCUUCUGUCAGACAAUGGAUUUACAGAUUUUGAUGUCUACAUCAUGGAGACGACUAGCCAUCAAACGAAAUCAGAGCUCGAUCGGUAUUUGGAAGAUUCUUUGUUACCCCGUGUGCAAGAUUUCGAUCUAUUGGGAUGGUGGAAAUUGAACAAGUUCAAGUAUCCUACUCUUUCAAAGAUGGCUCGUGAUAUCUUGUCUAUUCCAGUUUCUUCACUUCCUCCCGACUCUGUAUUUAUAACCAAAAGGAAGAAAUUGGAUCCGUAUCGAAGCUCCUUGCGUCCCGAGACGGUGGAAGCGAUGAUAUGUUCCAAGGACUGGAUGCAGUCUGGAUUAACCGAAGUGUCUAAUGCCCUGGUAAGAAUGGAAUAUUAGUCUUUGUUUAGGUCUGUUUAGCUUUUGUUCAUAAGUUGCUAUGUGACAUCUCUCUUUAGGUUCUACUUUGGUAUUAGGUUAACAGUUCUUGUACCAUUUAAGGCAAUUGUAAUUCAUCCUUGAAACUAGAUUCUAGAAAAUAGUUUUAACUCUGUGAUCAUAUGUACUACUUUCUAGGAAUCGUUCGGUACACCUUGUUCAAGAAUUGCCGUAAAUUAUUGAGCUAAUGUUGUCUUAUAUGUAUAUCACAUGCUUCAUACAUUUCUCA